GAGGGCGCCUCCGGCAUGCCGGGCCCCGCGCCUCUUCCCGGGGAAGGGGCGGCGUGCGGGGGCUGGCGACCCCCGAGGAGGCGGCUGAGCGAUCGUCCCCGUGGGCCCCGCGGGCCCCGCGGUCCUCCAGCUGCAGACCCGGGCCUGUUGUGCGGGCGCGCGCGCGGGGGGCGGCUCCGGCCUUCCCGGCCCCGGGGGACGAGGGCACGCGCUGCGACAGGACUGCGGCGGCGCGCGGCCUGCCUGGUCCCCACCCGGGGACCGAAGCUUCGGAUCCCGGGCCCACCUCCCACCUCCCGCUCGGGACCCGGGGCCGCUAAGCAGGUGUCGAUGAGCGGGCCAGCGGACGCGCCCCCGGGGCAAGCAGUCGGGCUGGCAGGCUACCCACGAGGUGCGAGUUGUCUCGGGCUUGGCGGCAGCCUCCUCCCUCAGUGCCUGGCUGAUCACUACCACAGGAUACCUGGAAUUGCUCGGCAGCUGCCUCUCAGGUCAGAAAAGACCGGGGAAGAAACGGUCUCGUCGGAUUCCCUGUCUGGUCCCUGGGUGGUGAGGGGCGUUGUCAGGAUGUGCUCUGUGCAGGUGGGUGGGGCCAGAGCGGACAAACUGCCUCUGCACACUCCCAGCCAUGCAGACGUGAAGGGAGCCGGGUCCCACGCGGGGCCUGGCCGCCAGCCCUAGCCCCCU